GGGUGGUUUUCAGAGGGUUUUGGCGAUCAGAAAGAGAGAGAGAGAGAGAGAGAGAGAGAAGAAGAGGAAGAGAGCGAUUGAAUUGUUUGGAGAGAGAGAGAGAGAGGGAAAGAGAGAGAGAGAACGAGAAAAAAGAAAAAGGAAUUUGCAGGAAAUGGGUAGCGUUUGAAGCAAAACUUAUUAGUUAUUUUCCGGGAAAAUAUGGGACAUAUAAACUGAGAGAAGGUGUUUGGGGUUUGUGAUGGAACAUAUUCUUCUUUGAAUUAUCUGACAAUUCCCCGAUCUUACAUUCUCCUGAAAAUUCUGAGAAUUUCCGUUUUCUCGCUGUAAAGAUUUUGAAAAGUUUGAACGAAAAUCGUUGCGAAGAGGAAUGCUGUUUCUUUGCGUUUGAUGUAAUUUCGCGUGGCAUGAUUUCCAAGAUAUGGUGUUGCAGAAGAGGUUAGAUUAUGGAUUCAAUGGCUAUCAGGUACCUGCCACGCCUCGAGCUACCAGGUCAGCUAGGAGGAGGGGUACACCUAGAAAGCGAAGUGAAGAGAAUCAAAUGUGUGCAUUUGACUUAUUGGCCACCGUAGCUGGCAAGUUGUUGCUUGAUCCAGAGAGUUCUCCCAGUUCUAGUAAUACAUCAAGUGACAAAGAUCGGUGCACAGUUGUUAAUCAAGAUUGGCAGGAUGGAAAUAAGGCAUUGAAGGUGGAACCUUGUAACCAAGGAAGUUGUGACAGGAUCUUUAUGGUUUCUGAGCAAUUCCCACAGGUUCAUGAUGAAAAUCACAGUUCAAAGGAGUCUUCACUUCCUCAAAAUGAUGACCAGUCAGGAUUUACUUCUAUGAUAACAACUUCUAAUUGUUCCGAGAGGUUAGGCUCUGAUAAGAUGGUCAAUGGUGAAAUUAAGAAUGAAAUGGGAAGUUUUAUUAGCAAAAUAGAGGUAGGCUCCUCUGCAUGCAGGGAGUCUGACAAUUGUAAAUUAGAUGGUGAAGCGAAAAUAUUAGUAAAUGAUACAGGAAAGGUGCUAAUUGGCAAUGUCAAUGAUGUAUGCAGUUCAGAGGAUCCAGUAGUUUGGGAUGGGGAACCUCCUGCGAUAGUCAGUUCAGACAGUAGUGCCAAGGUGCCUUUUUGUGGGGACCACAACCCUCAGAGUUCUUGUCCUGCAUCGCGGGAUGAUAUAAAAGUAGUUAGUAGAGAUGAUGACGAAAACUCCUCGGGGUGUACUCACCCCAACACUUCAACCAAGUACUUUAAGCGUGCUCCGCGCAUUGGAGACCGAAGAAUAAGAAAGAUACUGGCUUCUAAACACUGGAAAGUAUCUCCAAGGUUGAACGAUGAGACAUUUUCCCAUCCUGAUGGGGAUAUCAAACCACUUUAUCGCAGUAGGAAGGACUGUUAUAAACGCCAAAGAUCUCAAAUGAAUAUUCCUUUCAAAAAGAGGAAACUUUUUGAUCGUGGUUCAGGUGUGAAGUCUGAUGGAGGUAUUAAUGGUGAUGGAUUUUUUCACUCUCCUGAGGAAGGAACUGGUGAUGCGACUGGUUCAUUUCCGAAGUUGAGGGGAGGGACAGGGAGGUCAUGCUCAAUGCCUGGACAACGUGCAUCAUUCCAGUCCAGGGAUUCUCACGUGAAGCUAAGGAUCAAGUCCUUUAGGGUGCCAGAGCUUUUCAUUGAGAUUCCAGAGACUGCAACUGUUGGUUCACUGAAGAGGACGGUGAUGGAGGCAGUGACAGAAAUUCUAGGAGGGGGAUUGCAUAUUGGUGUACUUGUUCAGGGAAAGAAAGUUAGGGAUGAUAGCAAAACUCUACUGCAGACUGGAAUUUCUCAUGAUAAUCAGCUAGAUGCUUUGGGAUUUACCCUGGAACCUAGUCGUUCACAAAGCCCCCCACCUUUAUGCACCGGAGACUCCCCCCAUUUGCUUCCUGCUGAUGCACCUCAGCCUCUAGCGAGGUAUGCACCUAAUCCAACCAUAGAUCAUCAGGGAACUUCUGAUGCUUCGCCAGAGCCUCAUGAGACCAAUUUAGGGAACUUUGUUGAGAGUGAUCAUGAUUCAGCACCCUCUCCGACAGACAUGUCAGCAAGUAAAAGCACAACAGAUUCUAAAGCACUGGUUCCUGUGCCAGCUAUGAGCGUAGAGGCCUUAGCUGUGGUUCCAGUGCACCGGAAAUCAAAACGAUCCGAGAUUGCACAGCGUCGAAUCCGUCGACCCUUUUCUGUUGCUGAAGUGGAAGCACUUGUUCAAGCAGUUGAGAAACUUGGAACCGGAAGGUGGCGUGAUGUUAAAUUAAGAGCUUUUGACAAUGCAAAGCAUCGAACUUAUGUUGAUUUGAAGGAUAAGUGGAAAACACUGGUUCACACGGCAAGAAUAUCCCCUCAACAAAGGAGGGGAGAGCCUGUGCCUCAGGAGCUCUUGGACAGGGUCUUAACAGCCCAUGCAUACUGGUCCCAACAGCAAGCCAAACAGCAGCUCAAACAACAGCCAGAGACUUGCCUUCUCCUCUGAAAAGUCCGUGGAUGUGGAAGGAAGAAGGAUUGAAACACAAUGGGGGGAUUUAUAGGGAAGAUAUGUCAAAAUGGUCUAAUGAUUAUUUUUUUUUUUUUUUGUACUUUUGUUAAUGAUGUAAAAAGUAUGACAAGGGAAGAAUAGAAAUCUGAAGAAGUUUAAUGUGUAAUAUUUCAUCGCUCACGCCGCGGUUCUUUUCUUGCAUGGAGAGGCGGGCACAUUGUAAAUUGGUUGACAGAAUAAGAGCUUUGCUAACAGAAUUCGUUUGACGCCAAAAGAUGUUGUUGGUGUAACUAUCUCUGAUCAUUUUCAAAUCAAUUUGUUUAUGGUACUA